CUAGGAUUCAAAACCCUAGUUCCUGAAGUAUAAAUUAUUCGCCAAUUUCUCGUUUUAAACUCUCGAUUUACAUCGGUUAGGGCGGCGCGUGGUGGUUAUUCGGUUAACGCGUGGAAGGCACGAUUUACCGUUUCAUGGUUUGAAUUUUCCAUUCCAAAGUGGGAAAGCCUCGUCAUUGCUCUUCUGGCUCCCGAUAUUUCAAUGGCAUCGGCCGUUUUGGCGAAUCAAAGCGAGUCGAAUUGGCCGCCGCAGCGAAGAAGCAGUGUAGCUAAGUUCAUGGGCAAAUUUCCUUACCCAGCAACCAAGCGUAAACACAACCCUAAAUUGAAAAAGAAACGCCAAUUCAACGAGCAAUUGCCGCCGUGUGAAGAUGAUGUUGGUCAUGUCGUCGAUGAUUUACCGGACGUAGCCCGACCCGCGGCUUCUGAUGUUGCGUCGUCGAUUAAUCGGAAACAGAACCAGUUCGGUUCCGGCGCUAUUGUAAGCUUCCGCGUCAGCACUUAUUCGAUGAAUGAGUUGAUUGAUCUGAAGAGCCAGUUGAUUGUCGAACUGGAUCGGGUUCGUGAGUUGAAGAAUCGAGUCAAUUCGAAUGAUUUUCAGUUGAGAUCCAGCUCAAAACCCUUACCUCAAAAACGAAUUCCCGGUAACAAACGUCCUUUGCCCCCUAAUUUCAGCAAAGAAUUGAAGAUACUGAACACACAAGAGAAUGGAAAAGCACCUAAAGCUCAUUCGAUGAAAAUUUGUUCCCAAAUACUGAACAAAUUGAUGAAACAUAAGUAUGGCCAUGUCUUUAAUUCUCCGGUUGAUGUCAUUGGGUUGGGGCUUCAUGAUUACUACAGUGUAAUUAAGAACCCAAUGGAUCUGGGCACUAUUAAGACGAGAAUAGCGAAGAAUUUUUAUGGGUCUCCGUUGGAUUUCGCAGCUGAUGUAAGGUUAACUUUCAAUAACGCCAUGUUAUACAAUCCUAAAGCGCAUGAAAUAAAUGCGUUGGCUGAACAGUUGCUUGCAAGAUUCGAGGAGUUGUUUCGGCCGCUGAGUCCGAAGCUGGAGGAGAACGAAGAGCCAUUAGAACGGGUUUAUUUUGAAGAAGAGUUGCAGGCUAGUUCUUGGGAUCAUGGCUACCAUAGGUUGAACAAAGAUAGAGAAAGAAAUGGGGAGAAGAAUAUUGUUGAAAGGGAUUGUUUAAUUAAUCUGUCAGCAAGACCCAAUAAAGAUGGCGCCGGCUCAGGCUUUGUUUCAAACCCAAAUGUCCCACAGCCUCAGCUUCAGUUGCCCGCAUCGGCAUUGGCAAGGGUUGGUUCGCCGAUUCGGGUACCGAAGCAGCCAAAUCCGAAGGCCAAGGAUCUGAACAAGAGGGAAAUGACUGUGGAGGAGAAGCAUAGGUUGGGAAUGGGAUUGCAGAGCUUGCCACAAGAGAAGAUGGAUAAUGUGGUUCAGAUUAUAAGGAAGAUGAAUGGGCAUUUGAUCCAGGAUGGGGAUGAGAUUGAACUUGAUAUCGAGGCAAUGGAUACUGAAACACUGUGGGAGUUGGAUCGAUUUGUCACUAAUAACAAGAAAAUGGCCAGCAAGAUGAGGCGGCAAGCAUUGUUGGCGAACAAUGUGGUAUCUAAUGGCACCAACAUGGAAGAGGUAACUAUGAAGAAAGUUGAAGCUCCAAUGGAAAUGAAGAAACCCAAGAGAGCGGAUGCUGGUGAGGAAGAUGUAGAUAUUGGGGAUGAAAUGCCAAUGAGUAGCUUCCCACCCGUAGAGAUUGAGAAGGAUAACGAUCAUGCUAGUAGCAGUUCUAGUGACUCUAGCAGCUCGAGCAGUGGUUCAUCGUCUUCAAGCGAUUCAGGUUCUGGGUCUUCUUCAGGAAGCGAUUCCGAUGCAGAUGACGGACGUUCUUAAAAGCUCGGAUUGAAGGAUCGGUCAGUCGUUUCCAAAGCUUGGGUGGGAGAUAGAUGAGAUAGGGUGGGAACCCUAUUACUCAUCUUUUCUAUGAGACAUCUACAAUCCAAUUUUUGUUUAUUGGUUGGUGGCAUGUAAGCGUGAUAUAUGGAAACAGACUGGAAUGCCGGCGUUAGCCUCUUGAAGGUCAUACGCGGAAAGAAAUAAAUGAGAGGCGGCAACAGCCUUUGGCUUGAGAACAUGGCAAACACAUAUUGGAGCAACCACCUAGUAAAGAAAAAGCGUGAUUCCAAUGCCUGUGCUCUGGUCAUUGCCGUGGCUGGAGUCAUCAGACAGUAUUCUCGGCCUCUGCUUAAGAGACGAAGUUGAUGAAAAUUGGCUGCCAGUUUGGGAUUUGGAAGCGCUAUUCAGAGUGAUGAUUCAGAUGAUAUAUAUAUUAUAUGCAGAUCUUGUUUUUUGCUGUAUAUGCAAGUUUCUUCUAAUGUACGUAUGGGAAGAUCAUUUCGUCCACUAUAAAAUUCAUUUCAUAUUUACCAA